AUGCAAACUGCAUCAAUAUUUAAUGGAAUAUAUGUAGUAUAAAAAAAGAUAUCUUCUGGAUCAUUUGGAGUAGUACUCUUAGGACAUGAUAAGGAAAAAAAUGUUGAUGUGGCUAUCAAAAUAGAAAAAGAAGAGAAUGAAGAUGUACGUUCAUUAGAGAGGGAAGUUUAAGUGUUAGAAAGAUUGUAAGGAACUGAUGGGAUACCCAAAUUAUUAUGGCAUGGAUAAUAGGAUGAAUACAAUGUAAUCAUUCUUUAGUUGUUGGGAAAGGAUCUGUCUUAUUAUAUGAAAACAAAGAAGAAGUUUUCUUUUAAAACAACCAUAUAAUUGGGCAUACAGAUUGUUCAUGUUUUAGAGAGGAUACAUAAUAAAGGUGUUGUACAUAGAGAUUUGAAACCUGAAAAUAUUUUAUUUGGAAUUGAGGAUGAAUCAUCUAAAAUAUAUGUAGUCGAUUUUGGGAUCAGCAAAAUAUUUAGAGAUGCCUAAGGAAAUAUAUUGUAAUUACUUUUAUGUAAUUAGAUUAGACCUUUUAGAGAUAAUGCAUCGUUUAUAGGUACUACAAGGUAUGCAUCAAUUGCUGCACAUAAGGGUUAUGAGUUAAGUAGAAAGGAUGAUAUCGAAUCAUUAAUAUAUGUGUUAUUGUAUUUCAUGAAAGGGUAAAGGAAUCUUGAAUUAUCAGAAGUCUAGGCAGCUUCCAUGGCAAAAUAUGCAGAAUGUCAGUGAUGAAGAAAGAACUGUCAAAGUCGGUGAAAUGAAAAUGAAUAUAGACCCAAGAGAAUUAUGCAAAGAUGUACCUAUUGAAUUUGCUAAAAUUCUAGAGUAAGUUGAUUAUAUUAAAUUCUAUAGAUAUUUGAAAUAAUUACAAUAUAAUAGUGAACCUAAUUAUUGUUUUGUGUAUCAUUAAUUUGAAAAGGCUGCUGAGAAUUAAGGAAUUCAAUUAGAUAAUAUAUAUGAUUGGGAUUAAUAGUAAUAAAUGAAGAUCUCUUAAAAUAAUGAGAAUUUUGAUAAUUUUUAAAGAUCAACUACUUAAUAAUAAUUGUAGCCUCCCUAAUCUACAGAAAUGAAGAAAUCUGUUGAGAAAUAAGGAUCCAAUUUAAUUAGAUAGUAAUUAUAAUUCUUUAUCUGAUAGAUUAAGUAACAAUCAAUUUUUAAUACCACCUUCAUAAUUGAAGAGACAAGAUUCUUAAUAGCCAAGUGUGGUUUCUGGAAGUGUGAUGUUGAGUACUUAUAACUCAAUAAGGCCAAAAUACUAACCUUCACAAAUAGCUUUUGAUAUUAAAGUGUGUGGUGAUGACAGUUGUCCAUAAGAUAUUGCUUAAAAUAUGAAAUAGACUGCUGAAACAGGCAAUUAAAAUGGUAGAUAAAAUUCUUGUGCAGAGACAGUUGGUUGGAAAGAUUCAGUUUUUGAAGAAAAUUUUGAAGAAAUUCCACUCUCUAAAAAGUAUAGUAUGCUAAAAUAGAAAGGAGUUGCAAUGUAUAUAAUUUUAUUUUAUAUGUAUAGUUAAAAAAAGAGAAAAACUAGUUAAAGUCCUAAUCAAUAAAGGAAAAAGAAUUGA